AAAAUCUGACUAAUUUAAUCAGAAUGACAUUCACAUUUCCUUGAAGUUCCUUAAUCAGAGAGAUAAAGCAACUAAUAUAACACAGUCAGUUCAGGAGUCACUUUUCAAUGUCCCCAUCACAGUGGGUACAAAGUUCUUUUUUAUGGUCUCUUUCUUUUAUGCUCUUUACUCAAUUCAUCCUCCAACUUUGCUCAAUCAACUUCUCACCUUUUUAACAUUUCUCAUUUACUUUUUAGUUCCCUUAUGUGGAAUAUGAGAAAAUUAUCAUUUUCUUCAAAACGUAGGAAUGAGGUAAAAGAUGAGAAUAAAUACACUGAGAGUGAAGAGGAAAAUGUUUGUAUUAUUGAUUGGGAAGUUAGGCCUGGAGGUCUGUUGGUCCAGAAAAGAAUUGGAGUUUCUGGUGAGGCCAAUUUUGUUGCUGGUCCUAUGAUCAAGAUCAAGGUUUCAUAUGAUUCUUGUUACCAUGAUCUUACUGUUCCAGCUGAAUCAACAUUUGGGGACCUGAAGAAAAUUCUUACUGACAGAACUGGGCUACAUCCCACAGUUCAGAGACUAUUGUUCCAAGGAAAAGAAAAGGAUAGCAAUGAAUGCUUGCACAUUGCUGGUGUAAAAGACACGUCAAAAUUGAUCCUAAUGGAAGAUCCAGCAAGCAAAGAGAUGAAGAAAAUUCAAGAUAACUCUGUCUCUUGUGAAGCCAUUGCCCAAGUAAAAGUAGAGGUCGAUAAGCUCUCACACAGGGUUGUUACCCUAGAGGAAGCUGUGCUGAAAGGUAUGAAAGUCGAAGACAUGGAAUUUGUUGUCCUUUCAGAGUUGUUUAUGAUUCAGCUUCUUACAUUGGAUAGUAUUGAAUCAGAUGGAGAAGCAAGAACUCAGAGGAAGGAGGAGGUUCAUCGCAUUCAGAGUCUCAUUGAUAUGCUCGACAAUUUUAAGGCAAGAAACUCUAACCUUAUUAGCAAUUGUGCUGGUACUUCAUUGGUGACUACCAAAUGGGAAACGUCUGCACCAAAUCGAUUACAACAAUCCACAAAAAUCACUCAGGAGUGGGAACUGUUUGACUGAUUAAUUCUUAGUUAUGAGUUUCAUAUGAAAUGAUUGUCUUUUUUAACUCAUUCUUCUUGCAUAUAAUUAUGGCGAAAUACAUACAUAGACACCUAAAGUUGGCAUCUUUUAUGGGUUAAGAAAUGCAUGACGAUAUAUCCAAAAGCGAAUCUAGAGCGGGCGUUGUUAGUUCAA